UCAGCGCCAAGAUUCGAAACACGUCCCCGGUAGCGUAACCAGAGACGCAGCUACUUUGAUUAUUUAUCCUAAUGCGACUGUCUCAGCGGGGAUUAUAUCUCUUAAAGUGAUAAUAUUUUUUGACAGAUGUAGCUAUUGAACAGUAUGUAAUUUACAAGUGUGAAACCAUAAAAAGUAUAUGUUGGAAAAAAGCAAGAACUAUAUAGGAGUUCCUCAUCAUCGACACGGACAAAGAAGGAAACUAUACAUAUAUAUAAAUUAGCUUCAACACUUUUUUUGAAGGGCAGAAUGGCAUACGCUUCGUUAUCAACGAGGCACGACUGUAUGACAUUGAUGAAAUCGGAUGUAGCCAAAUUGAAAAAACUGAUGCAGCUUCAGGCACACCAGCUCCAACGGUCUCACUGCUUGAAGACUAAGACUGCUAUUACACAAAGUAUGUCACACGAAAGCAAGAAGUUCAGGAAAAAGUACUUUCAACAAAUUCAAGCUCUUCACUAUUACUAUGCUGGUUCACAUGGUACAUUUUCUAUUGCUAUAACAACACUGGACUUUCUAGUUCCAAAGUAAAGAUGAAAAGCACAGAUGAGAAACUGAUUGGAUGCUUGUCAGCAGCUUGCUACUUAAUAGCCAGUAAAUUUGUAGAUGAUGAGACCAGUGCAACAGUAUCCUCACUAGUUGCUCUACACUUGAACCAGUGGACACCAAAUGAUCUUCGUCGAAUGGAAAAAUGGGUUCUUCAGAAACUUAGCUGGCAAGUUCCUUCUUGCACAUAUUUGAAUUUCCUUCAACACAUCUAUGCCAUCAUAAACAGGGCUGGAAUAUGUUUACCAGAUCUUGAGGUCCUCAUCAGAAGAGCAGCAAUCUGCAUGCAGGAAGACUCUACUUUAAUACUGAAGCCAUCUUCGUUAGCUCUAGGUGUGACUGAGUACAGCCUGCAGACAGUAGCUGAUGCUCAUAUGGUGUAUUAUCUUAUUAUGGAGAUCCAAAGCAUUCUUCAGAUUUGUGAUUCAGAGCUUUAUGAAUGUUCAAGCAUCUUGCAGUGUAAAGAUGGCACAUCUGCAGAAGUUAGUAUAGUAAAACCAGUUUUUCCUGCCAAGAAGUACCACAGGCUAAGUUGGGAAGGAAGUUCAGAACUACAAACCAUCACAGAGGAGGGAGUUGAUGAAGAAGCACAACUUUGUGACCAGACAUUUUUAGACUUCUGUAAAACAGGUGUAUUGGAGGACAAGAAGGAGCUUGACAAAUCCAUUGAACAGAACAUUUUACUCAAUACAGACCACACAUACUUUUCAUCCAGAGAGUCUUCAGAUAAAACUGAGGGCAUUCCUUGUAAUCCGAAGAUCAAAUGCCACAUUCCUAUCAAAUCUUUUGCAGAACUAUCUGUCAGAAGACUUGGUGUUUCAGUGCACUGAUGUUCCUGCUUAAACUCCUUAAUUUAUUAUAUAUUUAUGUGCAAAGGGACAAACAAUUAUAAUUAUUGGGGUCAGGAACAAACCAACAAGCAAUUUGAAGUGAUAUAUCAAAAGUGUUGGUGCUAACUUAUUUCUAUGCUGGAUAAAUUUACUUCCAUUUACAAAAGGAAAGGAAAUACAAGAUGAAGAAUUUAGAUAGAGUUAUUGUUCUGGUGCUGGUAGAUUUUACGAACAUAAAUGCUAUAGUUUUAACACUUGGGCUGUCUUGUAACCUAUUCCUCCAUUUACGUAUCGUUAAAAUGAGAAUGUGUGCAAUAAAUCAGUAAGCAAGUUACCAUUUUUGCUUAGCCAAUUAUUACACUUGCUUUCAAGAUAACUGACUCAACAUUAAGUGGCAGCAUUCAAUUAUCUUGGCAUUAAACCAUAGCAUUACCUGGGCCCAUAAUUAAAAAUGAUGAGUAUUCAGAGAGGUUAACCCUAGAGUCUGAUAAGGUUACCCUGAGCAGUGUUCAGGCUUUAACUAUUUUUGUUUUGAGCGAUGCUCGUAGUUGAUGCCAACGAGGUUCAUAUUAUUUUAGCUUUAAUCAUGUGUCUUGAAAGUCCUAGAUUAAGAACAUUUACAAUGAACAUUCAAGAACUGCCUUUUCCAUAUCUUUCAUGUUUUCUUUUUUAUAACUUGGUUUUAAGCCUUGGAUAACUUUUUAUCAAAGAUGUGUAAAAUUUUAACUCUAGAUAUUUACUUGAGUGUAUAGGUUGUGUAAAAUUGCAUGUCUGUCAACUUACAAAUGUUAUUAAAAAGAUGAGUAUGUA